UUCUGAAAUGUUAUGUUAAACAGCAUUUGGGAUCUUGUAACGACAGGGAUUCUCUCGAAGACCAAAAGGUUUUCGAUGUUAGUUUUCAGAUUCUCCCCAUUCUUUGAAACCCCGUCAAGGUGACGAAACAUUUCUGACAGCAGUCGCCUCGGCUCUAUUGUAAACGAUGAAUUCUUGUCAAAACUAAUAUACAAUAUUGUGUCUGCUUUUGCAGUAGAAUGGCACGGUUCCACUGUCAUUGGCAGAGAGUGCUCAUCUGUGUGUGCGGCACAUGCAUCUGCCUGGUCCUUCUCUUUGUCUUCCUUGGCGUCAUGGUGUGUUCACACAUGAAUAAGGCGGCACCGCAGGCGACCAUUGAUGCGUUGCGUUCUCCAAAAAGUCCUCGUUUUGUGGCCUUUGGAAGUUUUAAAAGUAAGAACUUUGCCUCCCUGCCGAAAACUUUCUGGAGGCUCAAUGAAGACUCUUUCUGGAACCAACUCCAGGUGGCCAUUGACCGCCAUUUUAACCCCAUCCUGAAUGCCCAAAACGCUGUCAUGGCCAUUAAGAAUAAGGACAUUUAUGAUUCUGUUCUGAGGCUAAGCUUCUUGGCGGUUACUAACUCGGAGUCCAUGAGGAGGAAAUUUGAGCAGCUACCGCAGCAGAUGCAAGACUUUGUGAGCCGCAUGAAUCACAGAAACUACCCCGUCAUCAUGCACUCUACAAAUGCAACCUGUGGAGCAGGAGCAGCCGAUGAGAAGGAACCACCGCUGCUUCUCCUCGCCAUCAAGUCGACCGAGUUGAACUUCAAGAACCGUCAGGCCAUCCGACAGACCUGGGGCCAAGUGGGCUGGGUGGCCACACACAGAAAGAACAGUAAGAGAAAACAGGAGAUUGGAGGAUAUAUCCGCCGGGUGUUCCUGAUGGGCAAAGAGAACCCCCAAGACUCUGGAGGGGAUGUAGCUGAGUUGCUGCGGAUGGAGGGUCAAAAUUACGGUGACAUUGUACAGUGGAACUUCAGCGACACUUUUUUCAACCUCACCUUGAAGGACGUUCUCUUCUGGAAGUGGUUCUCGGGCCACUGCGGCCAGACUCGCUUCGUAUUCAAGGGCGACGACGACGUUUUCGUCAACACGCCAAACAUGAUCGCCUACCUCCACGACGAGCUGGAGAGGCCUCAUGCAGAACACGCCAUGAAUGAAUUCAUGGUCGGCGACGUCAUCGGUGCAGCGUUUCCCAAUCGGGUGAAACAGUCCAAGUACUUCGUGCCGGACAGCUUCUACAAUGGACUCUAUCCCACCUAUGCAGGUGGCGGAGGAGUGUUGUACUCGGGCCAGAUGGCAAAACGUCUUCACGAACUUUCUGGAAGAGUUCACCUCUUCCCUAUAGACGAUGUUUUUGUUGGGAUGUGCAUGGCUCGGCUGAACGUGUACCCCAUCCGCCACCCUGGCUUCCUCACAUUUGACUUCCCUGACAACGAAGAGCAGGAGCCGUGCGCGUACCACACGAUCCUCUUGGUCCAUAAACGAAGCCCGAUGCAGCUAAUUGAACUGUGGGAUAGCGUGUCAAAGACACAGAACGAGUGUUGGCAUGUGCCGCUGAGGGUUUCUUGACAGGAAGUCAAACCUAACAAAAGUUUAGUUUACUACUACUUGCAACACGAUCUUUGAGGGGGAGUAAACAAAAGUAAUGACCCCAAUUUUCCUCUAGUUCUAUUGCCAUAGAAAGGCAAUACGCACGUAGAAAUAAAGCCCGAAAUUGGUGAUUCCGUUACCUUUCGAUAUAAUCUCCUCUUUUUCUCAACACUGACUGUCCAUCAAUAAACAAGGGCGUGUAUGCCAGCCUUGUAAAAUUCGGUAAGCUGUGCUUUUAACCGGUUUUUUACAGCUUGCUUAACUUGCUCAUCAUCAGAGAA